AAACGAAACUGAAAGUAACCUAGAGAGUGGAUUCAGAGGUUCGCAGUGUUUAUCGUACUCGGGAAGAAUGGCAGGGGCGAUAUCAAUUAACCAGGAGGACCUUUUUAUCUGUCCGAUUUGUUUGGAUCUACUGAAGGAUCCAGUGUCUCUUAACUGUGGACACAAUUACUGCACGGGCUGCAUUAAGGGCUGCUGGGAUCAGGAAGAUCAGAAGGGAGUUUACAGCUGCCCACAAUGCAGACAGACUUUCACUCCAAGACCUGUUUUGAACAAAAAUAGCGUUUUUGCCGAGCUUGUGGAACAGUUCAGGAAGACCAGAAUUCAAGGUAGGCCUACUGCUUCUCCUCAGUGUUUUGCUGGACCUGGAGAUGUGGAGUGUGACAGCUGCACCGGGAGAAAAUUAAAAGCCGUCAAGUCCUGCCUAGUGUGUUUGUUGUCGUACUGUGAGACUCAUCUCCAGCGCCAUUAUGAACUCUCAGGGAAAAGACACAACGUGGUUGAUGUCACAGGUCAGCUACAGGACAAUAUCUGUGCUCAACACCAGAGGCUUCUGGAGGUAUUUUGUCGCACAGAUCAGAGUUGCGUCUGUGUGCUAUGUCUGGUAGAUGAACACAAAGGCCAUGACACGGUCUCAGCUGCAUCUGAGAGGACGGAGAAACAGAAGGAGAUGGAGGAGACAAAGAGGAAACUCCAGCAGAGACUCCAGAAGAGAGAGAAGGAGCUGCUGGAGCUGAGGAAGGCUGUGGAGACUCUCAAGGGCUCUGCACAGACAGCAGUGGAGGACAGUGAGAGGAUCUUCACUGAGAUGAUCCGCUCCAUUGAGAGAAGGCGCUCUGAGGUGACAGAGCUGAUCAGAGCUCAGGAGAAGGCUGAGAUGAGUCGGGCUGAAGGACUCCUGAAGCAACUGGAGCAGGAGAUUGCUGAGCUGAAGAGGAGAGAUGCUGAGCUGGAGCAGCUUUCACACACAGACGAUCACAUCCAUUUCCUCAAGAAUUUUCAGUCAGUCAGCCCUCAACCUCAGUCUAAAGACUUAUUCAGCACCUCUGUCAGUCAAAGCUGGUCUGAGGCUGUGAAGAAAUCUGUCUCCACACUGAAGGGGCAACUGGAGGAUUUCUUCAAGCAGGAAGUCAUGAAGAUCUCUGCAGCAGUGUCUGAUGUCCAGGCUGUUUUUACUGAGCCAGUAACCAGAGAGGAGUUCUUAAAGUACUCCUGUCACUUCACACUGGAUCCCAACACAGCAUACAGAAACCUCCAUCUGUCUGAGGGGAACAGGAGGGUGGAGUGGAGAGCUGAGCUCCAGUCAUAUCCUGAUCAUCCAGAGAGAUUUGAUGGGAAUCAGGUGCUGUGUAGAGAGGGUGUGUCUGGACGCUGCUACUGGGAGGUGGAGUGGAGUGGGAGGGUUGAUAUAGCAGUCUCAUAUAAAAGCAUCAGCAGGAAAGGACGGGGUGAUGAGUGUUUGUUUGGAGGUAAUGAUCAGUCCUGGAGUCUGGAACUCUCCAGCUACAGCUCCUCUUUCUAUCACAAUAAUAAAGAGACUAAACUCCCUCUAGUGGCCAGAUCCAGAAUAGGAGUGUAUGUGGAUCACAGGGCAGGAACUCUGGCCUUCUACAGCAUCUCUGACACAAUGACCCUCCUGCACAGAGUCCAGACCACAUUCACUCACUCACUCUACCCUGGGUUUUAUAUAGGCACUGGAUCAUCAGUGAAGCUGUUGUGACCCACACUGUAUACAGCAGGACAGACAUGUAAAGACCCCAGAUACAGAUAGAUGCUGCUAUCACAUCCACACACACACACACGCAAACAAACACACACACACACACACAAACACACACACUCUGUAUACAGCAGGAUAGAAAUGUAAAGACCCUAGAUACAGAUAGAUGCUGACCAGAUAUUAGAUCAGACAUGUGUCUGAUGGUGGGCAUUACGUGAUGUUGACUAGAAGUGAAUAUUUAUGAGCUUGUACUCAGGAGAUUAAUGUUUGGCCGUACUUUUACUAAAAUCACCAUAUAUAUGGGAUCUUAUGGAUGUUAAAUUGAUUUUUUUUUAAAUAAAAGGCACAUAUGAUCACUACA